UCACUUGCAUUACAUUAACAAUGACCCAAGUUCACUUCGGAGACUAAAUAAAUCCACUUUUCUCCACCGGAAAGGUAAGAUUCCGAUCGGUGCCAAAGCUGAAUCCACCGGAAAAAAUGUCAGUGUUUUCGAGUUCUUGGUUUCUCUCUCUAAAACUGAUGCUGGUUUCGACUGGUGUUGUGUCCAUUGCUAUGAUUAUGAAAGUCUCUGUUCCAUUGAUCAUAAGCUUCGCUGUCUAUGAAGUCCCUUCGAUUUGGUCCGCUUUGAUCUCGUGGCUCAGACCUCCUUAUCUCUACGUCAUUAUCAACGGCAUCAUCAUCACCAUCGCCGCCACAUCUCGAUUUCACCAGAAGCUCGACUGUGACAAUCAAUCAGAGCAGUUGGUUUCGCCGAAGUCUCCUCCGUCAGAUCUACAUUCAGAUUUCGCCACCACUUCGGCUCACACUGUUUUUCCCAUUGUGGAGCCACCACCGGCGUUUGACGGUGAAUCUAGGGUUUCGGAGGUUCAAAAUCAAGAAGAAAAUGAGUUUGUGAUCUCGAGGUCUACGUGGACACCACCGCAGAGGAUGAAAUCGCCGGAGGUUCAAUCUGAUAAUCUUUCUCCGGCGUCGGCGAAACCUCUCGUUUCAUCAAGGUUCGGUCACCGGAAACCCAGUCCUGAAGGUGGGAGGGCAUUGAGGGUUGCGAAGCCAAAGCGACAGGAGACAUUGGAGAACACAUGGAGGACGAUAACGGACGGGCGUCACGUGCCACUCACGAGGCAUCUAAGGAAGUCUGACACGUGGGAGAAUCACGGCCGUCACUUGCACGCUGCCCCACAGGAUCAGACUCCUCGGAAGGUGACGAAAUCAGAGACGUUCAAGGACCGGACUAACUACUACGACCCACCGUCCUCGUCACCUGGUUCGGGGAAGCUUCGGAAAGAGCCGUCGCUAAGUCAGGACGAGUUGAACCGCCGAGUUGAGGCGUUCAUAAAGAAGUUCAAUGAGGAAAUGAGGUUGCAGAGACAGGAGUCGUUGAAUCAGUACACAGAAAUGAUCAACCGUGGGGCCCAUUAAUUCAAUCAAGAGCUUCAUUGGGUUGAUGGAUUCAUAUUGAAAAUUUUACAUAUAUUCAUGAAAAUUGUUUGUUGUUUUUAACUCCUGAAAAAAAAAAAAAAAAUAUUAGAGGUUGGGAUAGAGAGUUGAAUCUGAGUUAAUUUCCUUUUUUUAUUUUAAAAAAUUCAAUGGAUAGGAUGGGAUUCAAUAGAAUUACAAGAAGGUUUGUAAAAAAAAAAAAAUCAUAUUUUUGGAUUCUUAUUUAUUUUUAAAUCAAUUCUAUGUUAUCAAUUCAGUUCCUUUGUUUCACAAGUAAUUUAGUUUAAGGAGUACUGUAGUAGAUAUAUUUGACAACACAGUGGAUUAAUACUAACACAAAUGGAUUAAUACUAAC